AUGGGCCCGACAAGGCGAUCCGAGCGUGAACGAGCCAUGCAGUGGCCAGUCGCCGCAUCCACGGCGCCUGUGGGCAGAGAGCCAUGGAAAUCUCCCGCUCGCCCAAUGGGUGCGCCUCGCUGCUCCAUGGCCAAUGGGCGGCCCGCAGGUGAGCAGGAUGACAUGGAGGCCAGCGUCGCCAUGGCAGAUUCCCUGGCAGAGGGCGUGCCAGACGUGUGCCGUUCCCUGGCCGAUGACGAAAGAAUACGUAGUCGGCUGCCGUCGGCCGGUUCACGCGUCUUGGGCCACGGCGGUUGCUGGCCUGUUCGGUUUCCGCACGCACAUGCAAGGCCAUGCAGCGGGCAGCUAGCCGCAGUCGCCCAUGUUUGGUACCGAGUGGGCUGGUUUCCCUUGGAGACGGUCUCCAUGUGGUGGAUGUACUAUCAGGCGGGGGGGCGCACGCAAACUCAUCGUUUCACCCCUCCACCUGCUGCGCUACAGGGAGCACCCAUCCGCCAUGGGUCUGAGCCGCGUCGAGCUAGGCGGUUGCUUCUCUGGCAACGCGCUGCACACACACACGCACACACGGCGACAUGGACCGGCCUGGUGCAGCCAUCCAAGUACUAUGGACAGUAG